AUGGUGGGUCCGCGACACGACAUCCUCGUCUUCAACGCAACUAACGCCAUCGGCACGAACAGGAUCCUUUGGAUACUCCACCUCGCGGCCUUCGCAUUCGGCCAGCCGCCCUCGACCACGAACCCUACUAAUGCACAUAAUGAGACCGCCCUCGUCUGUCUGCCUUUCGGAAUCUGCGAGCCCUGCCCGGACGAUUCGCUGCACGAGCCCUUCUGCCAGCCGUUCGGGAACCGCCGCCUCGUCCACUGCCUCCCCGCGCCCUCGGGCACCCCCACGCCGACGGGCCCGCACGUGCACGCGCCGUCCGCGACGGUGCUCGGCGAGAUCCCGGCCUGGGAGUCGUGCGGGCGGAUCGUCGAGCGCGAGCGCGCGGACUUCUACGAGUUCCUCGCGUGCAACGCCUUUCUCGCCCUCCUUGCCGUGCCGUCCUCUUCGCGCGCAGCCGCCGACUGCAGCCGCGCAGGCGCGGCAUCUCGCGGCUAG